CACCGCCCCGAGUUCCGCAACCGCACGUCAGCCUCGGCACGAUUGUCGGUCUCUUGUUUUUGAGAGUUUGACGGUGGGCAGGAGCUGACAACAUGUAUGCAGUACAUCGCCAGGCCCACCCGCCCACGGGCUUGGAGUUCGCCAUCUACUGCAGUUUCUUCAACAACGCUGAGCGCAACCUGGUGGUAGCCGGCAUCUCUCAGCUGCACGUCUACAGGCUGAUCCACGAUGCAGAGAGUACAGUGAAAGGAGACAAGACCUCAGAGGCGAAGGGUCGGAAGGAGAAGCUGGAGCAGGUCGCCUCAUUCUCCCUGUUUGGUAACGUCAUGUCUGUGGCCAGCGUCCAGCUUGCGGGUUCCAAGCGAGAUGCCCUGCUUCUCAGCUUCAAGGAUGCCAAGCUGUCUGUGGUGGAGUAUGAUCCGGGAACCCAUGACUUGAAAACACUAUCUCUGCAUUACUUUGAGGAACCUGAGCUUAAGGAUGGUUUUGUGCAGAACGUUCACAUCCCUCUGGUACGGGUGGACCCGGACGGGCGCUGUGCUGUAAUGCUGAUCUAUGGAACGCAACUGGUAGUCCUGCCUUUCCGCAGAGACACGCUGAGUGAUGAACAGGAUGGGGUGAUGGGGGAGGGGCAGAAGUCCAGUUUCCUCCCCAGUUAUAUCAUUGAUGUUCGCGAGUUGGAUGAAAAGUUGCUGAACGUGAUCGACAUGCAGUUCCUGUAUGGUUACUAUGAGCCGACGUUACUCAUCCUCUUCGAGCCCAAUCAAACGUGGCCUGGCCGUGUAGCUGUACGCCAGGACACCUGCAGCAUUGUGGCCAUCUCCUUAAAUAUCAUGCAGAAGGUCCAUCCCGUCAUCUGGUCUCUCAGCAAUCUGCCUUUCGACUGCACCCAGGCUAUGGCUGUGCCCAAACCCAUAGGUGGUGUGGUCAUCUUUGCUGUGAACUCACUGCUCUACCUCAAUCAAAGCGUCCCGCCAUACGGAGUAUCCUUGAACAGCCUAACCAAUGCCACGGCUUUCCCGCUCCGUAUGCAGGAUGGUGUGAGGAUCAUGCUGGACUGUGCUCAGGCUGCCUUUGUUUCUUACGACAAGAUUGUGAUUUCCUUGAAGGGAGGUGAAAUCUACGUGCUGACUUUGAUAACGGACGGAAUGAGAAGUGUUCGUGCGUUCCAUUUCGACAAGGCUGCGGCCAGCGUCCUCACCACCUGUAUGACCACCCUGGAGCCGGGAUACCUGUUCCUUGGAUCACGUUUGGGAAAUUCCCUCCUGCUCAAAUACACCGAGAAACUGCAGGAGCCUCCCGUGGUCGUUACUAAGGAUCGGGAGAGACAGGAGGAACCUCCCAAUAAAAAGAAGCGUCUGGAUCUGUCUACAGGCUGGAUAGCCGGAGAUGUGGCUUUGCUGGAUGAUCUGGACGAGAUCGAGGAGUGCACGUGA